AUGAAUAAAGCCACCCAGAUAUCAUUCAACCAUUUCCCAAACGAAGUCAUCGCAGAUAGACGUGCCUACGACCUAGUCAAAAAUUCGGUUAUUCUCCAGCUGCGGAUCGAGUUGGAGAUGAAUAGACUUGAAAUAAUUGAAUACUCAAGUGAUGUCACUAUUUCCUCAAUACUGGAGGAUGUAAUACGAUAUCGGGAUGCCUGGGGGGAGAUGAAAUUCGGUCCAGCUAUUGAGUUGCCCAUGCCAAAGGAUCGUAUUUUAUUAUGGGAGCUGAGAGAGGGUUCAUUCAUCUCUGCAUACUCCACCACUCGGGAUCCUAAACUGGCUGACGCAAUUCAAGUUGUACAGCUGGAUGUACAACAAUUACCCAAGCCUAUCAAGUUCGGGCUUAAUUUUCAUGAAUUCACACUGGACCUGAGCCAAGAACUGGUCGUGCUGGCGGUAGUAGACUUGCCUCGGAAGGACCAGGUCCGGCUACUUUUCCGUUCUUCUAAAACUAGCUUAUCACAUCCACUGGCCAAGAACCCUAUCGUUUUGGUCAUGCUUGAAUUUAUGCUCCAGUCCAAGGAGGCCUCCAGCAUAACUCUUGAAAUUAUGGGCGAUAUACUCGUGGCUAAAUUUGCCGACAUCAAGUCCCUCACGUAUGAGGUACUGAUCUGGAACUGGAGAACUGCUACCUUGCUGAACAGGAUAAGCUCCCGCAACGGUGUUUGUGACCUAGGUUUCCUGGACAAACAAACUCUGAUACUAUAUCAUGCUGCCGCAAGCGAUGGUUCCGCUCUAUCUUGCGUUAGUUUACUUGUCUAUCGGGAUUUUCUCAAGCCAGUUGUCAAUGAGCCUAUCGGUUCGGAGACGCAUGUUAUAGCCAGCAACUACCAAUGCCUUGAUUAUUCGUUCUGCUUUGAGUUUCCAACGAUUGAUCGGACCAUGAGUGUGCUAGCAUCGGCCUUGGCGCUACGUUCAGAUCCGAUCCCGGGGAGGUUAAUGCACAAAACGAAGCAUACCAAGCUGGCAUCCACACACGUUGGGACUAUCGGGUUGAUAUUUCCCCUUUCUUACGACACACAUAUCGAGCCGCAAGACGUGACUUAUCGCAUCUUUGUGAAUACAAGUGGACUGUCCGAUUUGAUGGACAGUUCAUUGGGUCCCAAGGUGUUUGAGUGGGCGGAGUGGGGUGAACCUAUCACACGUUGGUUUAGUGAUGAUAACCAACAAGCGGACUGGAUCAAUUGGGUAUCAGGUUCGAGAUAUUUGCGCAGCAGCCCCGGACAGAGAUUCGGGAGUUUGACAUUAUCAGUGAUCGAGUUUUGCCCAUUCGCUAGCAAACGUCAUUCCGAGCCGCACCCAAACCAGAUCAACCCGCCAAAUACACCAUUAAAGGGUCGCAACGCAAGUAUAGAGCAAAGAUGGGUUCGUGCGCUCCGAGAGUGGUGGGUCAGCCCCGAUCGGUCGUAUCUGGACGAGCAAGUACUUGUGGAUGUAGUAGGGAGCGAGACUCCAAGUAUCGUAGAGAUUGGCUUUACUAGCCCCGUGGUAAGCAGACUGGGUUGGCGGAGUGUAACAAUGGCAAAACCUGUUGCCUCGAAGAUUUGGAUGAUUCAAGGCGGGCAUAUUGUUGGUAAGGAUUUUAGAGGAUUUGGAGCUAGAACCAACCAAAUGACUUAA